UCAAAUUAAACAAGCUGAGAACUUGUCCAGUUGGUGUUUGCGUCUCGAAUAGAAAUGUUGGGCCUUUUGUUGAUCGCUUUAGUUCAUUCUCUUGCGAGUGGAGUAGCGGACGACAAUGUGGAACCCAUCUACUACAAUCUCACUAUCCUCACCCGCAUGGAAGGCGGAUCGGCGCAGAACCGAUACGAAGGAUUCGUGGCCAUCGAUUUGGCGGUGAAGAACUCCACCAAACAGUUAACGAUAUUCUCCACCGAAUUGAACUUGGUCGUGCAUAAAACGUGGUUGCUUCGAAAGUACACUGGUCGUCGGAUUUCUGUGGUCAAGGCUACUCGGAGUAAAAAUAAGCCCUCAGCCGACGAGCUGAUCAUCGUCUUUACGCACACACUCUGGCUGGGCGAGACCUACACGCUUUACAUCUACUUUCAGGGGGCUCUGAACAAGCCUCAGAAGUUUGGAUACUUUUCGGUUCGCUACAACACACCAGUGCCCCAUUUCUAUGCCCUUACGCACAUGGAACCGGCCUACGCCCGCUACGUGUUUCCCUGCUUCGAUCUUCCCCAUUUGCGGACCAAGUUGCAUCUACGAAUGCACCAUCACAAGCAAUAUGUGGCCCUGAGCAACAUGCCCGUUGCGGAGAAGAAGGCUCACCCAUCUAUCGAGGACUUCGAAGUGACCAUCUUCGAGGACACACCACCGCUACCCACGCACAUGAUGAUGUGGACACUGCACUCAAUGGAGAACCUAUUAAACACCACCACCAAUGGCACCAUGGGUGUAAAUAUCAGCAUUUGGUCACGUCCAAUAGUAAAGGAUCGACUGGAUUUUGUGAUGGCGGUGACACCGAAAUUAUUAAGCGACUCGGAGACCCUGUUCGGCCAGCCUCUAUUCUCUGGCAAGAGCGGAAAGUUUGAUGUCGUGGUUCUGCCGGAGUACUCGGAUCAGAGGAGCAGCAUGGGCCUGCUGGUGAUAGGGGAGUACGACCUGGGCCCGAGCAACGCAUCGAAGGAGAUCCUUCACGAGAGUCUGGCGGCGUUGGUGGUGCGCCAGUGGCAUGGUCGACUGGUGAGCCUCGGUGACUUGAGCUUAGCAUGGGUGCGGAAUGGUAUUAACUACUACCUGGCCAUCCAGGUGGCGUCCAUGGGUCACCAAGACGUAAGCCACAACAUGUCGCGCCUGUUAAGCGUCCGCUUGAGAGUAAUGGAACAGGACUCCCUGCCUCAGUCGAGGGAGGUGGCGGCGCAUCUGCGAGGCCCCGCCCACCGAAACCUGCGGAAUUCCAAGAUGUGUCUGCUCACCCACAUGCUGUGCAUGGCCCUUGGCGAGAAGAUCUUCUACGGCGGAAUCAAGAGCUUUGUUAAGCGCUAUGCUAACAUGACUGUGGGACCCAACCUCUUGUGGCAGGAGUUUCAGCAGGCUGGCCGACGGGCACUCCGCCUGCCCCUCAGCCUUGAACUGGCCACGGUAAUGAACUCGUGGUUUGACCAGCCCGGCUUCCCCCUGAUAACCGUGCUCCGCGACGACAUCAAUAGUUCGGUGACCCUCAAACAGCAACGCUACAUCCAGACAACGGGCAUGGCCAUCGAGUCGAAGUCUUGCUGGUGGCUACCAAUCAUCUAUAUAACCAAGACGCAUCCCCAGGCUCAGACCGAGUGGCUGGGCUGCCAUACCAACAACCCCGAGCUGAAAACGCUGGAAUUGCGGCACGUAAUCGAGCCGGAUGAAUGGAUCCUGGUUAAUGCCGAGGUGGCGGCGCCUAUACGCAUUUUUUACGACCUGCGGAACUGGCGCCUUCUCGCCAAGGCCCUGCGGGAGAACUUUACCCAGGUGCCGGAGGUGAGUCGGGCCGCCCUUUUGGACGAUGCCCUCCAUUUAUCGUGGGCCGGUUACCUGCCGUAUAGUGUCACCCUAGAUCUGAUGCGGUAUCUUCGGAACGAGACAAGCCACCUGGUCUGGCAGACGGCCGUAUCAAGUCUAGAGAAACUACAGAGUAUUAUGUACCUGACCACAGGCUACCGCAUCUUUAAGUUGUACAUGAAACAGUUGGUGGGUCCACCGUUUAAGGAAAUACUGAAAACCAUGUCAUCACCACCAAAAAAAAACAUGAUGUCUAAAAUGAUGAUGCUUAAAGCUCGCGCAGAAGACGCGAAGCCUACUCACGGAGCAGACUCCCAGCACACUGUCGGAGAAGACUCGAAGCCUACUCACGGAGCAGGCUCGAAGCCCACUGACGGAGCAGACUCGAAGCCUACUCACGGAGCAGGCUCGAAGCCCACUGAGGGAACAGAUUCGAAGCCCACUGACGGAACAGAUUCGAAGCCCACCGAAGGAGCAAACUCGAAGCCCACCAAUGGUGCAGACUCGAAGCCAACCGACGGAGCAAACUCGAAGCCCACCAAUGGAGCAGACUCAAAGCCCACUGACGGAGCAGACUCAAAGCCUACCGACGGAGCAGACUCGAAGCCGACUGACGGAGCAGACUCGAAGCACACUGACGGAGCAGGCUCGGUGAGUUCCCUGGGAGCAAUGCUCUACCGGCUGGCAUGUCAGUUCGACAUCCAUGAGUGCAUGGCAGAUGCCCUGAUAAAGUUUAGCCAGGCAAUGGAUAAAGCAUCCACGGACGUCAUACCCGAGGGCCUCCGGGAUACGGUGCUUUGCAUAGGCAUCCGGCACGGCGUCGAGGAGUUCUGGGUGGUGGUGCGGGACAUGUACAAGAAGUCGCAGGAGGAGACCGAAAAACGGGUCUUGCUUCAUGCCUUGAGCUGUAGCACCGAGUACUGGGCUCUGAGGAAAUUGCUGCUAUGGGCCCUGGAUCGAAAAAUGGUGCCUCGUUCCCUAACUGUUGGGCUCCUCACCAGUGUGCUGAAAGGAUAUCUCGGCUACUAUGUCGGCAAGCAGUUCCUCAUGAAAAACAUGGACCAAAUCGUGCGACGAUUCAACAGCCAAUCCAUAUUUUCCAUUUUGAAACCAUUUGUUGAAACAGUCACCUCGAACGAUGAACUCGCCGAGUUGGAGGGGCUUUUCCGCGAAAAGCUCUCCGAAUCGAUGCUGAACCAUAUAGGCGAUCUAAUGGAGAGUGCCUACGACAAGAUCAACUGGCGGAAGUACCAGUACUAUGAGCUGCUGAUAGCCAUAAAAAAUUACACAACAGAAAAGCUCGAAUAG